UCUGAUAUUAUAAAUCUUGAUCGAAACUUUAGAUAUUUUAAGUUUUAUUUGUAGGGAUAAAUGAUAAUCGUUACUUUAUUUAAGAAAACGAUGAAUGAGAUAUUGACAAAGCGUCUUUAGUCAGCAACCCUUUCCAGUUUCCACCAUUAAAAAUGGAGUAAUAUAUACUCUGACGGCCCAUAUACAUUCCACAGACGGCACACUUCCAUCAACUCACUCUCACAGGAAUCUGUUUCACGGCUACCAUUUCCAUAGAUUCGGCUGGGAAUUGGCACAUCACCCCUUCUUCCGCUUCAUCUUCUUCGAAUCAACCCAGCCGAGUCACACUCGCUUCCACUUUUCCUUCCCCACAUCGCAAUCAUGACUUUGUCAAUUGUCCAAGGGUUCAGCAAAUCUCUUGCCAUGACUGUUCUCUCUGAAAUUGGUGACAAAACGUUUUUCGCAGCUGCUAUCUUGGCAAUGCGUUACCCAAGGAGAUAUGUCUUGGCGGGAUGCCUUACAGCUCUCAUCGUAAUGACCAUUCUUUCUGCUGCUGUUGGCAUGGCUGCUCCGAAUCUUAUCUCAAGAACAUUGUCAAAGCAUAUAACCACUGUGUUGUUUUUCGGUUUUGGACUAUGGUCUUUAUGGGAUGCAUAUCAUGAUGGGGAAUCUGAAGAGUUGGCUGAAGUUGAAGCUGAAUUGGAUGCCAAUAUAAAACCAACUAAUUCGGAUAACAAGGCUGAUGAUGAUUUAAAGAAAAAAAAGAGACCAUUGUUGACUCAAUUCUUCUCACCCAUUUUUCUAAAGGCUUUUACUAUAACUUUUUUUGGAGAAUGGGGUGACAAAAGUCAGUUGGCUACAAUUGGUUUGGCUGCAGCUGAGAAUCCAUUGGGUGUUGUUCUUGGAGGAAUCUUAGGGCAAGCAUUGUGUCAAACUGCUGCUGUGUUUGGAGGGAAGAGCUUGGCGACUCAAAUAUCUGAGAGAUUUAUUGCACUAUCGGGAGGAGUUCUUUUCAUUGUGUUUGGACUCCAAUCAUUGUUUUCAAGGGUGGAAUCAUGAUUCCAUUCCAGCUUCUAG